AUGUUGGGUGGUAGGGUUUCUGCAAACAAAGUUGGUGCUGUCUUCAUGUUUCAAUCGGCUAUGAGAUGGUUAGCUGUAUGGCUAGAUCUCCUGGUGGUGAUGAUAACCUCCAUUGUGGCAUUUUUCAUAGUCGUGCUCACGGGAACCAUUUCCCCUGCCGAUGCAGGCAUGGCACUUGCGUUCGCUGUUCAGAUGAGUGGAAUCUUCCAAUUCGCUGUACGUACACAGACUGAGCUAGAAGCAAAGAUGACCUCAGUUGAGCGGGUGGCGUAUUACUCUGAGAAUAUUCAAUCAGAAGGAGACUGGGAGACUAGAAAAGGUGUAGACGUACCGAAGGAAUGGCCCCAGAAUGGACAAAUCGAUUUUCAGAGUGUGAAGUACGUUGACUACAAU